UCCUCCUCGGGCUCAGUCGGCUCUCACCGUGAACACAGUGACUCGGGGAAGGAAUCUAACUUUAACUCUGCAAAAUGAAACUUUCGUGGUCGCUUCUGUUCCCGGGACUUUUAGUCUGCGCACUUUUCCUCCUGACAAACUGUGAGGAGCAGCGGAUCCCCGAAGGGAAACUUCUAGUCAUGACGGUUGCAACCAAGGAGACCGAUGGCUUCAGGCGUUUCAUGGGGUCAGCCAAACACUUUAACUACACUGUCAAGGUCCUAGGUCGGGGUCAGAAAUGGAAAGGAGGCGACUACAUGUCAGCCCCGGGAGGAGGUCAGAAAGUACGACUCCUUAAAGCGGCUCUGGAGGAGUUUAAGGACGAGGACCAAAUCAUCCUCUUUAUUGACAGCUACGAUGUGGUUUUCGCCUCGGGUCCCAAAGAGCUACUCAAGAAGUUCCAGCAGGCCAGACACAAGGUGGUGUUCUCCUCUGAAAGCCUGAUCUGGCCUGACAGACACCUGGAGGACAAGCACCCUCACGUCAGGGAGGGCAACAGAUUCCUGGGCUCAGGGGGUCUGAUGGGCUACCUCCCCAACAUCAAGGCGAUGGUUGCUGAUUGGACUGGAGAAGAUGGUGACAGCGAUCAGCUGUUCUUCACCAAGAUUUACAUUGAUCCAGUAAAACGAAAAUCCAUAAAUAUCACACUGGACAGCAAAUGCAGAUUGUUCCAGAACCUCCACGGAGCCCUCGACGAGGUGGUGCUGAAGUUUGAGGACGGACGUGUACGAGCGAGGAACGUGCUGUACGAUACGCUGCCUGUCGUCAUCCAUGGGAACGGACCAACCAAGCUCCAGAUCAACUACCUGGGUAACUACAUCCCCAACACCUGGACGUUUGAGAGCGGCUGCACAGUAUGUCACGAGGACCUCCGCCCGCUCACAGCUCUUAAGGAGAGCGAGUACCCGCUGGUGCUGAUCGGCAUCUUCAUCCAGCAGCCCACGCCCUUCGUCUCAGUGUUCUUUGAACGUCUGCUGAAGCUCCAGUAUCCCAAGAACAGGCUCAAACUCUUCAUUUACAACCAGGAAGUUCACCACGAGCCUCAGGUCAGCUCCUUCCUGAAGGAUCAUGGGAGCCUCUAUCAGGAUGUGAAGUUCGUCGGACCAGAGGAGCAGAUGGACGGAACCGCCUCCAGAAACCUGGGCUUUGACAUGUGCCGGAAGGACGGGGCCUGUGAAUAUUUCUUCAGCGUGGACAUCGAAGUGGUUUUACAGAACGAGAACACACUCAAAAUUCUCAUUGAACAAAACCUUCCGGUUGUGGCACCGAUGAUAACUCGAUCUGGUCGCCUGUGGAGCAACUUCUGGGGAGCCCUCAGUGCUGAGGGCUACUACGCCAGAUCAGAGGACUACGUGGACAUAGUUCAAGGACGCAGAGUGGGUGUGUGGAAUGUCCCGUACGUGUCCAGCGUGUACCUGGUGAAGGCCGGCCUCCUGCGAUCAGAGCUCACGGACUACGAGCUUUUUACCUCUCACCUAUUAGACCCCGACAUGGCUUUCUGCUUCAGCCUUCGCAGCAAGGGGAUCUUCAUGCACGUCACAAACAUGCACACCUUCGGUCGUAUCCUGUCAACAGAAAACUAUCAGAGCGGCCAUCUUCAUAAUGACCUGUGGCAGAUCUUUGAAAACCCAGUGGACUGGCAGGAGCGCUACAUUCAUGAGAACUACACUCGCAUCAUGAAGGACAAGCUGAUUGAAACUCCGUGUCCUGAUGUGUACUGGUUCCCAGUUUUCACUGAGCUGGCUUGUGACCACAUUGUUGAAGAAAUGGAGCACUUUGGGAAGUGGUCAGGAGGACGUAAUGAGGACACUAGAAUCCAGGGUGGCUAUGAGAAUGUCCCCACGGUCGACAUCCACAUGAAUCAGAUCAACUAUGAAAAGGAGUGGCACAAAUUCUUGCUGGAGUACGUGGCGCCCAUUACAGAGAAAAUGUAUCCUGGUUACUACACCAAGUGUGCCACGCCCUUGAACUUUGUGGUGAGGUACAAACCUGACGAGCAGCCCCUGCUCGCCCCUCACCACGACGCCUCCACUUUCACUAUUAACAUAGCUCUGAACAGCAAAGGCGUUGACUACCAGGGUGGUGGAUGCAGGUUUCUUCGCUACGACUGCUCCAUUCAGUCUCCUCGGAAAGGCUGGGCCCUCAUGCACCCGGGCCGCCUCACCCACUACCACGAAGGCCUGCCGGUCACCAGUGGUGUCCGGUACAUCGCCGUGUCCUUUGUGGAUCCCUGAACUCCCAAAGACCGCAUGCAUCACCGACUUCUCCAGACCAACCAGGACACCCUGAUCCUGCAGUGUCACAGCUGCUCGCUAGCUUUUCCUCUUUUCAUCACUACAUCUGUUCUCUUGUUCUUUUCAUCCCCCUCUUUGCUUGUUUUAAUGUCCAAAAUGAUUUUGUUUCUGUCUCACUGAAAGAAUUACCUGCAGUGUGAAACAUGAACACAGGUGCUCAGUGGAAGAACAUGUGUUGGAGGAGAACUUGGUCCAAAGUAACACCUAACAUGUUUAAAAGUGUUUGUGACCAGCAAACAGGCACCAUAAGUUUCUCUAAGAAAAUGGACGUGUUACUUUUGCAGGAAGCAAGGUCGGCCCAAUACAAUGUCGUGGCGAGCUGCGACAGCUGAGCGAAAGGAGACAGGGCGUCAAAGUCUCGUGUCCCAUCAGGGGCAAGUUAAGUAAAUUACUUUAGACCCAGUUCUCAUUUAAAUUCUGGAAUAAUGUUUUCCUCUUCCUGAUGUGAAUAUGAUGUCACCUGGAUGUAGCAGUGUUCAGGCCGUGUACAAACGUCACCUCAGAGGUCACAGCUGUCUGAUCACCAGCUGUAGGAGAAAAGGAUGCCUGCCACCAGCUUCGGUGGUGCAGCUGCUGAUCCAUGUUUGGUUCUGGUCGGUCUGGAGUGUAUGGUGUGGAUCAAUAAUGCCUUGAGCUGGACUUCUCUCAGGAAACCACCAGUCCAGCAUAAACUCUUCCUUCUUACAUGUUGUAUUUUUACUUCAGUUUCUGCUGUUCUCCAACUCUCUCUAAAGCCUGCUAACACUUAUUUAUUUUUUGUACAUUUGACAGAAAGCAACACUCCCAGAUUUAUCUUGCAUCUGCAAUAUAACUGCUAUAUAUAAAUUUUGUGAGAUUCCAUGUUGGAAUCUGGGCUCACGGAUUGGUCAGUUUGUAAAAGUGUAACAUGCUCAGUUUCUGUCACUGCGCUUCAAACACAACCUGAAUAAAACAGAACCCAACUGAAGAGCAUCUGAA